GCUGCUGCUACUGCUGCUGCCGCCGCCGCCGCCUUGCCGCCACAGCUCGCCGGCUGGAUCGGACGCGCACCGAAGCGCGUGCCUGGCGCAGUUGUUCGCCGCUGCCUGGGAACAAUCGGCAGCUCCCCCUCCUCCCUCCUCUUCAUCCCAGCCUCAAACUUUGCCCAUCGAAGCUUGCAGUCGUUUGCAUUUCUCCUUGGCACCCCCAGCAACUCCCUCUCCACCUCGGGUCAAGAGAUGCAGCCUGUCGUUUAAUAAUCAUGCAGUAGUUCUGAGGAUUUUUAUAUAUUCUACACACACAAAAAGGAGGGAAACCGGAUCGGUUCUUUUGUGCAAACCUGUCCCUUAUACGCUCAUUCUUCUCUCCGUGUGUGUGUCUCUGUGCCGUGAGAGCAGCAGCCGGCGCGCGGAUUUAAUUUCCUGGGAUCUCCUUUUCGAGCGCUGCCCUCCAGCCGCCGCUUUCCUGAAGUGAAAACUCCUGCGCCCCUCGGCCGCUUCUCCUCCCUCGCGCCCCACCUUGGAAGCGACUUGACCCCGCGGCUUUCUGGGCCACCUUGCGCUCUUGCACCGCGCGGCGCCGCCUGCAGCACCGCUUCGUUUGGCUCGGGGUUGCAUUGUUCCUUGCCCGCCCCUGGGGGUUUCCCCCUUUGCUUGUUGGAAGCGGAGCUGGGAAGGCAGGCAGAGGGAGGAGAUGCCCAAGGGAAGGUGGAACUGAGCGACCGCGUCUCUCUCACCUCUCCGCAACCCGCCGGAUCCCUUGUGUUGAGAAGAGAGAGGAGGAGGCGGCACAGCGAGGCCGGUUUGGGAUCACCCGCUGCAGGUCCUUCUCCCUUCCUUUUUGGCGCGGGCUUUUAGGGCUACGAGGGCAGGAUGCGUUUCUUCCCGUGGGGAUUUUGGCUGCUGUGGGUCGCCGCCUCGUCGGCUCGGAGCGACGGCGGCAACAAGCCGAGGAGCUGCGCCGAGCUCCGGCAACUCUAUGGGGCCAAAGGAUUCAGCCCGAGUGGGGUCCCCCAAGCGGAGAUCUCGGGGGAACACUUGAGGAUUUGCCCCCAAGGCUACACUUGCUGCACCAGUGAGAUGGAGGAGAACUUUGCCAACAAGAGUCGGCAUGAAUUUGAAGGCAUGUUGAAGGAGGCCACACGCUCGGUGCAAGUAAUCUUAACAGCCCAGUACAAGAACUUUGAUGGUUAUUUCCAGGACUUGUUGAAUAAGUCCGAGAAGGCCCUUUAUGACACAUUUCCUGGUAUGUACGGAGAUCUAUACACCCAGAACUCAAAGCUUUUCAAAGACUUGUAUAGUGAGCUGCGGCGCUAUUACCGGGGUUCCAACAUCAACCUAGAAGAGGCUCUCAAUGAGUUUUGGAUUCGCCUGCUAGAACGGCUCUUCAAGUUGAUGAAUCCUCAGUACUACCUUCCUGAUGAGUAUGUGGACUGCAUGGUCAAGCACUCUGAGCAGCACAAGCCCUUCGGAGAGGUUCCAAGAGACCUGAAAUUGAAGGCAACCAGGGCCUUCAUUGCAGUCCGCUCCUUCGUGCAGGGACUUGGUGUGGGCAAUGACGUUGUCAGAAGGGUCUCUCAGGUCCCACUGAGCCAAUAUUGCACUCGGGCUAUUAUGAAGCUGAUGUACUGUGCGCACUGCCGGGGCAUGUCCAACGUAAAGCCCUGCAACGGAUAUUGCCGCAAUGUCUUGAAAGGCUGCCUGGCCAAUCAGGCAGACCUGGACCCUGAAUGGAAGAACCUGAUUGAUUCACUGCUGUUGGUGGCUGACCGCUUUGAUGGCCCAUCCAAUGUAGACAUAGUCAUUGGUACAAUUCAUACCAGGAUUGCAGAAGCCAUUUCAAAUAUGCAGGAGAACAGAGAAUCUAUAAAAUCCAAGACCUUUCAAGGUUGUGGAAACCCCAAACUCAACUCAAAAGCUUCCAGUGCUGAGGAAAAGAAGAGGCGGGGAAAGUAUGUCAGUGAAGAUAAACCUUCAGGGCUUAGUUCAGAGAAACUUGUUUCAGAUGCCAAAGUGAAGCUGAGAGAAAUAAGGGACUUCUGGGUUGCCCUCCCAAGCACACUUUGCAAUGAAAAAGUUUCCUCUGGUUCUGUGAAUGAGGACAGGUGCUGGAAUGGAAUGGCCAAAAGCGGGUAUCUUCCAGAUGUGAUGGGAGACGGACUAGCCAAUCAAAUCAAUAACCCAGAAGUUGAGGUAGACAUUACUAAACCAGACAUGACUAUUCGCCAGCAAAUCAUGCAGCUGAAGAUUAUGACAAAUCGACUGCGCAACGCAUAUAAUGGGAAUGACGUGGAUUUUCAGGACACAAGUGAUGACAUUAGCGGCUCUGGAAGCGGCGAUAGUUGCAUUGACGACAUCUGCGGCAAAAAACUGUCCAAGAGCGCUAGCACCAGGCCGCCAGAGACACACCCAAUGCCUAAGCAGUCUGGACAAGGUGUUGGUGGAAAUAGCAGCAACAUACUCUUGCCUUCUUCCUUUCUUUUGCUACUUUCUCUGGCUGCUGUUGCAGCACAGUACCUGCGGCGGUAACUCAUUUGCGCAGCCGUGAAAGAGACUGUGGGUGGUUGUGGUCUUAACUUUGCCAAAAAUGUGGACUAUAUUUAAUUCAUCUUGGCAAAAUGAGGGAGAUAAAACGUUCUUGAUUGUUUGUGAUGACCUGGCAGUGCUAGAACUGGUCUUUUCCCCCCUCCCCUUUCUUUUUUGGUCUUCUUUGAAUGCUGGGGCCUUCUUUCUUUACCUCUUUUUAUUAUUAAUUUGCCACAACGAGACACUUAGGAGCCUACAACAGAUCUUGGCAGAUAGGGGUAAUAGGUAAAAAGGACAAAUGACCCUCAAGGCCACAUCAUUUUUAUUGACUCCAAUAAAACACACAAGUAUCUCAUAUUCUUAUUUAGCUGUAGCCAAAGAUGUGCUACAUUUGUUUAAAACAAUACACCUUUUUUAAUUUAAAAACCUUUCGAGUGCUGUAACAGGGGGGGUCAGUUCAUUAUUUUCCAUUAAGCAAGUGGCAAAUGGUCCUUCCUGUAUACUAGAUUAGCAAAGUGAUUAUGGUGGAAUUUGGAACAAAAUUACUUUAAUUGGCAAAUACCUCUGUUAAAAUUAGUGGUUGAAGCCACUUAGUAUUUCUCCUACAUCUAAAUGAAUUAAGAGUGAGUUUCAAGUUUUGCAUGAUCCUUUGAAAGUAGCAUUCAAAAUUGAUUAAAUGCAAUACAGAAUUGUAAUAUGCAACAUUGUGCUAGAAAUAUGCAUGGGGAGAUUUCUGUCUGGAAAGCAUUGUUUUCAGUUUGAGGCUGAAAAAUUUCCCGUUAUUAAUAGACCAAAGGGAUGAUGCAAAGAAACUGCUUUGUGUAUUAAUACUGAUCCUGUUAGCCACGCCUGGAGGCGACUUAAUUGUUUGGCCCAGGGAACAAUCAUAUACUAGCAAAUACCCAGGGAAUUUCCGUGGAUACAACCUGCCCAAAGUACCACCAAUUAUGUCGAUGGAAAGCAGACCAAAGCCAUAGUUUGAGUCACCAAGUCAACCAGCUGCUACCUUAUUUCAUCUCACAUCGGCAUAGUUAACCUUAUGUUCUCUAGUCCUUGUUUAGUAAAACUGCUUCACUUCAGCUAAUUUUCUGAUUGCUGCUACAUAUUUGCCAGGAGUAUUGUCUGAUAUCAAGGUGGAUGGGGUUGGAGGAAAGAGGGGCUGUCCAACCACAUAUCUACACCAACAGAUUCACGUAUGUAUUUCACUGUCAAAACAUCUGUGCUUACAUAGUUCUCUGCUUUGGGUUCUUUUGGUACAGCCAUAAACUAUUUUUUUCCCUCUUUCAAAAAUAUCUAGCAUAGAAAGGCCAAUCCUAUUCAUGUUGUUGAAUGAUAGGAAGCCUUUGACACCAUCUUUGCUGUUAAUUCACUUUGUUUCAUAUCAUGACUUUCCUUUUAGGACACAGGGAUUAUGAAAGCAUAUUUUUUAAAGUUUAAUAUAUAGAGAUAGGGGCUUUGCAUAAAUGUUGAAAACAUUUCUUUUCUGCAUCAAAGACAAAUGCAUUUCUUAACGACAGCAUUCAAAAAGGCAGAAUUACAGAAGCCGCCAUCAGUUAUAAAACGUGCAGAGUUAGCAGGGAAGCAAUUCUAGUACUGUGGCACAUGAAUUAAUGCAAGCAAAUUAAUUCAAAUGAAUUAUCUUUCCCAUUCCCGGCCCUAUUUGUUUUUCUACAACACUGGGAGAAAUUAAUUUCCUAAUCACUUCCAUCGGUAUUGGAGGCUGCCAAAAACAUCACCAGAAUGUUGAAAAUACGCUACUGAAGUCUGAUGCCAGAACGAAUUUUUUUGCUUCAAAGAGCACCUGAUUUUGCACAUAUUAUUUUCAGUCCCUUGUAAGUAGAACAAUACACCACCCCACUUUCAUUAUUGAUCUCGUCCAUCUAUUAUAUUUAUUUUUGUUUUCAGUUUAGGCCAUUCUUAAUAAUUCUGAAUACAAAUGAGGCGUGAAAAGCAAAUAUCCUGCCUCCUUUGAACGUUAAGUUCAAAUGCCUGGGGGGGGGAGGGGAGAGAAUGGAGUGCCACAUUCAAAUAGCAUUAUAUAUGUAGCGUUCUGUUGGUAAAAAAUAGAAAUGAAAUGCUAUACACAUUGAGGUAAAAAUGAAACAGCUGCCAUUUCCUUCCACCCCUAAUUGAAAAUCUUCUGCCAAACUGCUGGAGAGCCGUAAACUCAACACAGUCCUGGGCUCAAACUAUGAGAGAAGUAGGGCCCGGUGUGUUUACUCUAUUGCUUUUAACUCGGCCUGCCACAUGACAUCUGAAACAGAAAUUGGCUGUGUGAAAAUAUUUUUUCUAAGAGGAAUGUGCAAAUAGGGACUGAUGGCCCCCGCCCUCCACUUCCCUCCCCAAAGCCUCUCCCUCCCAGCCAACUUGACUUCCCGUAUGAGAGCCCAAUUGAGGAAAGCAUGACAUUGGGGAGAGAGGCAAUGCUGCAAGGAAGCAGGCUGUGAGGGGGGUGGAAGUUUUCAGCGCUCAUUUGCUCAAUCCUGAUUUUUAUACGCAGUUGGGCCAUCCCAUAUUUAAAUAACACCUAAGCCCUUUGCAAAGCUGUCAGUCAGAAACCUGUCAUGGUUUUUCUUUGUGCCAUAAUGUCUUUUUCAGUGGAGGGCUGAGGGUCAAUAGAGGCUUUAAGAGCACUGAUAUUUAUCAUUUACAAAUGACAAACAACCUAUAAUUUUCUGGUGGGCUUGUUAGGGAGUUAAGGUACAAAUAUAUCCAGAGUACACCUUGGCUUUUUUUUUUAACUGCAAAAUUAAGAUUUAUUUCACUUACUGGCAUUCUUGGCCAUUUAUAUAUUUCUUUUGGUUACCAAGUUCCUGUAACUAUCUUGCACUGUUGAACUAUGUUCUUUGAAUCCUUGUAUAAAUAAAUAAAUAAAAAAGGCUGGAGACUUAAAUCUAUAUGAAUGUCCCUUGCAACAACAUGCUGCUUUAUUUCUUCUGUUUUUACCGAUUUUCAGAAGGUGCCAGACUAGCAUCAUGAAAAAGCAUUCGUCAACUCGCUGGUGAUAAUAGCACAAAGAAUGAUCUGCCAUUCCUGUAUACUGUUAAAAUAGCUACAUCUUGAUUAGUAUUGCUAUGCAUUUACUCAGAAGCAAGUUUAAAUUUUGAUGGGCCGUAGUGCUUAGUAAGUGUAUUUAGGAUAGCACCAUUAAUGCUGACACUUGACAGCAAUGAGCCACCUAGUUACUGUGGUGCGCCAAUAUGUGAUGCCCUUCUAACUCCCUAUAACUGAAUGUUGUAACCGACAAGACACCAAAAUGUAUUUUUAUCCAGAAUGGUGUGACCAGGACAGCAGCCACCUGUGUAUGGGCUGGAGUACAGUACAAGAAACACUUGGAGCUCCCACAUGGUUUUUCAGUAGUCCCUUUCUUUCCCUCCUUGCCAUUCCUGCCUGCCAUUCUGAAAUUCAAAUUGUGCCUGUAAUUUCAAUUCUGACCACUAGUCAGAGUACAGUAUUUAGGAUUGGCGUUCAACUGUUAAAGCAUGCUUAGUGGUCCAGAGAACCAGAGGAGAGGCACUUCUAGAUAAACAGUGCCUACUUGGAAAACAAUUGUACACCUGUCCCAAUCCAUUAUGUGGAUGGUCUGUGUUGGAUUUAGUUGCUCACAUCUAGCAGCAGAGAUGCAAGUGUGGAAAGAGGUUUAUGCACAUAAAUCUGGUUGGUGUAGACAGGGGUAUAACAGCCCUGCAGAGAAAAUAUGCCUGCAACCAAAACCUGUUCCCAGCACAGCUACCAAGAGGUACUACCUGAUUCCUCAGCAGCAGUCUCCUGGCCCCCUCCUCUCCUGCCUCCGAGUCUGAAUUUCCCUCUGCCCCAGCUUCUUCCUGCUCACUAAGUCCUGUUGCCUCUUCAGCUUCUGACACCUCCCCCCCAUCUUCUCCCUCUGACCACUCAUCACCAUCCCACCACCAAUCCCCUGGCUCUGAGCCUUCUUCAUCUUGGGGGGGGGGUCCCCCAGGCUGGGGUCUCCCAACACUCCUCUGCAUCCAGCCAAUCCACGCCACAAAGGCCUCAGCAACAUGUUAUAUAAAUUGCAUCUCCAUCACUUAUACACAAAUAAACAAGCAACCAGGCAAACUGCCAUCCCAAACGAGGAUGAAUUGCCAAUCUGUAAUGCCAUUAAAUAAAGAUAUAUAUGGAUUUAAAUUGUCUGAAUGCUAUCAAGCAGAUGAAGCAGCCUGGCUCAUAGCAAUCCGAUGUGUUCGCUGGGUUGAACAUGGGCUAGAACGCAAUUAUUUCACAUGA